CUUAUUUGUCGUCAAUUUUUUCUAAACUGCUAUGUAAUUGUGAUCAUAAUGUGUUUUACCGUUUAUAAGGGGAUACUUAGUAUAUGUGUAUACACAAAUAAAAUGUGAUAUAAAAAUAAUUUCGAUUAUAACUAAAUAUGAACAAUAUGGGAGGUUAUGUCUCAUUAUCAAGGAUUUCCAGUGUUAUUUUCAGAAUGGUAUUAAAAGUAUGGGCAUAUUCGGGAAUUGUUCUCGUGUUUUGCUUUUUAUUAUAUUAUAUGUAUGGCGGAAUAGUUGCCAUACUUCUAUUGUUAUUCUCAAUCACAGGGAUGCUUUACCAAGUGCAAGACUCCUUAAUUUAUUCACCAGAACUUCCUAGUCAUUCUAGAGUUUAUGUGCCUAUUCCAUCAACAUUUGGCCUUCCUUUUGAGAGUGUACAUACAAAGGGGUCUGAUGGAGUACAAAUACACAUGUAUCUGAUACAUCAACCAAUUGAAAGGCGGAAAAACUCGCCUACCAUCGUAUUUCUACAUGGGAAUGCAGGAAAUAUGGGACAUAGACUACAGAAUUGUGUGGGAUUAUAUCACAAUUUACAUUGUAACAUUUUAUUAGUUGAGUACAGAGGCUAUGGAUUAUCUGAUGGUAAUCCUUCAGAAGAAGGUCUGUAUAUAGAUGCUAAAGCUAGCAUUGAUUACCUUUAUACAAGAAAUGAUAUUAAUCAUUCAGAAAUUAUUGUUUUUGGCAGGUCAUUAGGUGGUGCUGUUGCCAUAGACCUGGCAAAAAGAGAGGACUAUUCAAGUAAAAUUUGGUGCUUAGUGGUUGAAAAUACUUUUACAAGCAUUCCAGAAAUGGCCAAAGUACUACUGGGAUGGAGGCUAUUAGAAUACUUCCCAUUGUUCUUUUACAAAAACAAGUUUUUGUCACAUUUAAAAGUGAAGCAACUGCGAAUUCCAAGUUUAUUCAUAUCAGGACUGGCAGACACCUUGGUUCCAUCCAGAAUGAUGGCAGAAUUGCACCACCGUUGCGGUAGUUUCAGGAAACAGCUGCUUCAAAUACCAGGAGGCACACAUAAUGAAACAUGGCAAAUGCAAGGGUAUUACCACUCACUAGCUGUUUUCCUGCAAAACUGUAGGGUACAAAAUACGAUUGAGCAGCAAAACAAUCUACAAUUUUCAGAAUCAGUAACCACCAAAUGGGGUGUGGUUCAUGUAAUUUAAAUACUUUUUACCUAACUUUAUUAUUUAUGUAAAUAGUGUAUUAUAAGUUUUAGUGCCAUUAUAUAUUUGUAUUUUUGUGAUCUUGAAUAAUAAUUUUUAUAUCCAAAGAUAAGGCCUCAAUAUAGUUUUAAUAAAC